CCUAAUCAUUUCGCGUUCCAUCUCUGAAGUCUGCAAGCAAAAUCACUCGGCGGCGGCCCGGAACCCCCACACCCGAAAUAUCAUAGUAAGCCACGGAUUUAGGUCAAACUUGAAGCUACGUAUUAUAGGCUAGGUAAUCAUGCAGAGCCUCUGUGCUUCCCGCACGGUUGGUGUCGCCAGCCGGCCAUCGGCGACUGCGGUCGCGGUGUUGCCGCGGCCAGUUGUCUUGUGCCGGUCGACCCAACCCAACGUCGACACCCUGCCACCUCCGCCCCCACCUCCCCCGCCGCCGCCGCCGCGGCCGCCCACCGCCACGCCCUGGUACAAGCCGAGCCGCCGUGAUUUCAUCGUGGCAGGCCUGGGUUCUAUCAUCGGCGGCGGGGCCAUGUACAUCUAUGAUACAUUCCUGAUUGACGACCUAGUUGACGUUCUGGAGGAGGCGGAAGACGAUCUGGACAUGGCGGAGGAGUACGUCAGCCGCAUGGCCAAUGUGCCCACCAUGGCCGACCUGGAGAAAAACGACAGCGCGCCGCCGGCCGCCAAGUGAGCACAGGGUGCCAAACGGAGACAGGAAGGAGGAGGGUAGCAGCGUGCAGGGCCGGCAGGACGUGGGAAGAAGCAGGUGGAGAUGCACCGUGCGAUGUGGUGCAGCGCGGAGCAGCGGCAGGAGCAGCGGCGGGGACAGGCGGUCGUGCGGACGGGCGCACGCACAGCGCAGCAACAGCCGCAGGCGAAGGUGCUGCGUUGACUGCGGCCUUGACUGGCUGGCUGGCUGCGCUCGGCGUGGCUGUGGCCGCAUGAUGUGGCCUUUGGGCGAGGAUUUGGUUAGGCGCCCUGGCUGGAUGGCCCGCGUGCGUCGUGCGUGCACGUGACCUCUGCUGCUCUGGACGCCCAACCAGGCUGACACCAGCUGCGUAACCUCGCGGGCCUGGAGGAGGUGCACCCCAACCGCUGUGUGACAGUGAAUGUAAUUGAGAGUGUUUAGGCAAUAACAAGGAAACCCAGUUGUGUGUGCGUAUGUUAUAUAGGCUAGCGUACCAAGGCGAGAAUGAGCUUGGAGGAGACGGAACCUUAAGUCGAGCCGACAACAAGGGGCCCUCCGGGUCGUCUGGGUCGAAGAUGUGGAAGCGCGGAUGUGUGUGUUGUUCCCGCGCGGCGUCGGCAGCAGUAAUGCUUGGCAUUGCAACCUUUUUGUUUCACGGCAUCGCAUCUGAUGGAACUCACAGCUCAUGCAGAUGCCGUAUGUUUCUUUACGACGGGAGAGGGGCAUGCUAUGGUCACCAGGGCCAAGGACUACGACGAUAGGCGUACCGGUAUUAUGGCCGUUGUCGAUGGCGCCUGAGAUUGGUAGAUGCACGUAUAGACACGAAAGCAUUUUGUAUGGCGCGCAAAUGGCGCGGUGUAAGUCUGCUCAAGCGUGUGCACUACCAUUGUCGCGCCGCCAGGCGCCGCCCUGAUGGCAAGCUGGAACUUACACGGCCCGCCACCCAAGCCCCACGAACGUCUGGAGCAGCAGGGCAGGGUUGUGCCAGCGUUCGCCUGACAUGGCAUCGGCUGAUGCUGCUGUUACAUGUGCUAAGGCCCAUCGCCUCUGGCAUCAUGACACUGUGGGCUUGUGGCGUUGUGGGAGGAAGGCCUUGUUGGUGAGUUGGGGGCUCGCGGUGCUAGUGGCCCGCGAGGGGAGGCAGCCCAACCCUAGGGUGCAGCCGUGUGGCGGUUUGCCGGAUGGGUCAGACUGCCAGGUACGAGGUUGCGAGGGGCUGCCGCCCGUCUGUGUGGCGCGCUUCCGAGCGCUUGCUUUGUUAACCACACGCG